CAAUUUGUUGUUUAUCUAUGCGUGCAAUGCAAUGCAAUGCAAAUUUCCAGUUUCAUUUUUUGCGUGGAUACGGUUGCUGUGCUUGUAAUUCGAUAAUUAAAUGAAAAUGGAAAUAAAAUUUCGUGAUAAUUGUUACUAGUUUAAUGUUAAGUAAGAUAUAGCUCAACCAUAACUUACCGUUGAUUAUGUUGUUUGACCAGGUUAUCAUAAUACCUUAAUUUUCUCACACUUCAUGUCUGGAACUUCCUGCUUGAGAUGAUAUUAUAUAUAGUCUUGAUCUAAUAAUUUGCUUCGCUUAAAAUGGAUUCAGGAACAGAUUGGCUGUGUGAGAUACUUCAGAAUGUGCAGCUUGAACAAUUUUAUUUACCAAUCAGAGACCAGCUACAGAUAACCAGAUUGGCGCAUUUUGAUUAUGUACACGCAGAAGACUUGGAGAGGAUUGGCAUCAGCAAGCCUGGAGUUCGUAGGCUUUUUGAUGCUGUUAGAAAAAAGAAAUUGCAGCUAUGGAAUCGCAAGUUUUGGAAUAAGUUGUUUGGGUCAUCAUCUAGUUCCAUUGCAAGGGAGAAAACUGAUAUUGCCCUGAAACAAACUCCACCAACAGACUCAAGAAAUACUUGUAUAAUUUUAGAAAAAGAUAUCAUAUUACACAAUGAAUUGGGCAAUGGCUCAUUUGGUGUGGUUAAAAAAGGAGAGUGGGUUGUAUCAAGCCAACCUCAACAGACCAUCCCGGUAGCUGUCAAAGUUUUGAAAGCAGAUGCCUUCUCCCAGCCCGGUAUUUAUGAUGACUUUAGAAGAGAAGUAGAAGCCAUGCACAGUUUGAAACAUAUAAACUUAAUAAAACUGCAUGGGGUGGUCUUCCAUCCAUUGAUGAUGGUGUGUGAGCUGGCACCCAUGGGAGCCUUGUUGGAUUACAUUAGAGCACAGAAUGGAAAGGUGUCAUUGAACUUCAUAUUGAAGUGGUCUACCCAAGUGGCUGCAGGUAUGGCACAUUUGGAGAAAAACAGGUUUCUGCAUAGAGACCUUGCAUGCAGAAACAUUCUGCUUUCCACUUUGGAUUUGGUGAAAAUUGGUGAUUUUGGUUUGAUGCGCGCAUUGCCCGAUGCGGACGACUGCUAUGUGAUGAGCGAGCGCCGCCGCGUGCCCUUCCCCUGGUGUGCGCCCGAGUCGUUACGAACCAGGCAGUUUUCUCAUGCCUCCGAUGUUUGGAUGUUUGCAGUAGCCCUCUGGGAAAUGUACACUUUUGGCGAGGAACCCUGGAUGGGCCUGAACGGAUCGGAAAUUCUGCGAUUAAUAAUGCGCGAAGGCCAGCGUUUGACCGCGCCGAACGCUUGCCCGCCCGACGUGUACAUGCUUAUGAUGCAAUGCUGGGAUCUCAACCCCAAGGAGAGGCCGACCUUCGCCGGCAUUCUCAGAUACAUGGAGACCAAUCAGUUCGAGACUGCCGUUGCUGCCCUCAGCUACAAGAGACAAGGACAGAUGACGAUCGAAGCAGGCGACGGCAUCGUGCUCAUAGACAAGCGGCCCGAGCUCCACUGGUGGAAGGGCCAGAACCAAAGGAGCCUUGAAGUGGGGCUGUUUCCAAGCACUUUAGUGUCUACGACUAAGAUCAAGCAUGGAGCAUUAGCAAAGAAGUCUCAAACUCUGUCUCCAGUGCGAAAAGCUUCCCUCCAAUCAACCUCAUCCAGCCCAGCUCGUCCAACGUCAUCCAACGGCAUCACAGACGCUGUGGUCCUGCGCAAACGACGCACCAUAGAGUCCACGCAACCCCCGUCCACCCGUGCCGGGAACACGGGCAGCAAACAUUUCAAUUAUAACAAGCUUAUCAAUGAUAGGACGCUAAAGGCUGCCGAAAGGACCUCCAGGUCUACGAGGGAUGCUUAUUCGAAGAGUUUAAGCCAAGUGAAAGAGGACCUGUUGAUCGACCUGGACUUGCCGCCGUGCACUCGCGACGCCCCGGCCUCGGCCUCCGUCCACAACGUGUCCAUACUGGACGAACCAAUCGACGUGCCCGAAAUCAAUCUCGAGCCAGACUGGGGAGACCCUAGCAUAGAGAGCCUUCCGUCUUACAGCCUCAACUCGCAACACAGCCAGAGCCACUCCAAACUCUAUGGUGCUAAGUCUGUAGAUAAUUUGUCUAUGCCCAACACCUUGACUCCACAGCCGGACCCCUUCGACACCACACAAUUCUGGCCUGCGGCCGGCCAGGCCACUGCGAGACCUAUUUACGAUAUACAAACAACGGAUAUAAUUCAAAAUAAACAAGAAUCUCAUAGAUACUCCACAGACAAUCUCCACGCGUCUACCAGCUCACACACGACACAAAUAUACAACAAUAUGAUCAAAAACAACUCGCCGCUUCUUAACAAUUCUCAUUACGGUGCUAUACCUAAUACGACUUACGCCAAUUCUAACGCUCUCUCUAUGGAAAGGAACGUCAAUGAGCCCAGUGUAGCCGCCGCUCUAGCGGAAUUGUCGCUCGACGAUAGAAUUUCCGAAUCACUGAAUCUCAGAUAUAAGAAUAUUAAUAGUGAUAACAUUUACUCAAACGGUAGUAUAUACGGCGACGCCCAAACGUCUGACGACGUCCGUCCUUCGACCGACAGUCGAUACAACGACAUACCCGUGUACAACAACUACGAGGCUAAUCCCGCGCAACAACAGUUCAUAUUGGAAACUAGAGAUUAUUACAAGAAAUUAUCGACGCCGACCGGCACGAAGAAUACGAACGACUACGAGAAGAAUAUUUACGUCCCCAAGUACGAGGAGGAUGGGGAGAAGUUGAGGAACUUCAGCGACUCGAUGGAGAAUUCUAAGAAUUACUCCGCUAUGAAGUAUCAGAACGUGGAGUAUGGUAAUUAUUCUAGUAGUUUCUACGGAUCGAGUGCGUCGACGUCGCGCGGCGCCUACGACGAGGUCGCCGACACGGUGAGUAACGUUUACAGCGAGAUCGGGGAGGACGGCCACACUGCGCCGCGCUACGACGACGUGUACGAGGCCGCGCCCCGCCCGCACCGUCCCGCGCCGCCGAGGCCUUCUAACUCUAAAUAAAUAACUGUAUGGGCUCUAAUUUGCUUAUAAGCAAAGGUUGUACACGUAAAUGUGUAUAACCAUUUUGCACGUAUGUGUGCGCACACUAUAUCUUUGGACCAUUUAUGUCGGGUUUCAUCAAUAAAUAGGUGAUUUUUUGAGCAAUAUCUCUAUUUAAUCUUGUUAUAUUCGCAAUGUUCCUUAAGGUGAAAGAGAUAUAUUGGAUAAAGAAUUCGAUAGUGGAACAUCACGUGUGUAAAUCAUCCUGUGCCUUGUAAUAUGUAUAAACGAAUGAUAUUAUACCUAGUUUGCCAUCAAUACGUUAAUAUUCCAGUGAGUUGUGAUGCCUAGAUGCAAUCUUAUACUCAUUUUUAUACAUACUUUUAUUGUACGACUAAAGAUACCUUCUAAGAUAAUUUAAAAGCCACAUUUAUAAUGCCACUUAGAUACAUAUUAUUACCGAUGUCUCUCUAAAUAUAUAUCGUCAUUCCCAUUUCAUUGGGGGUAGACAAAUCUCACUUCCUCUGCGUAGUCUCUCUAAAUAGAUCUAAAUAAAUCAAUUUAUCGUUUUUCAGUUGAUGUUAAUGUGGCUUCUAAAUUGUAUUCAUACAGCAUGUGCUCUGGCUUAUUGCCUUUUAUUUUAAGACUGUCGGUUUAUUUUUAAUAAUUUAUAAAAUUAAGUUAAUGACAGAUAAGGAGAAUUUUUAAAAAUGGUAAUUAAAUUGCCAAAAAUGAGACCGUUUGAUUGAAGGAUUUUGCGUUGUAUUAUAUAAUGGUACUAUAAUAGAUAGUAAAUGUAGCUAAAUAUUACUGACUAGCGAAAUAGUAUAGACGAGGUGGAAUAUAAAAAUUUUAUAACUUUCAGCAAAAGAAAAACUUUAUGUAUAGUCUGUACGCUAUACAAGAGGCGCACUAUAUAUUUUCUUGUACAUUUAUGUGCAUCCUAUCCUGCCAAUGCUGCAAAUGCUAAAGUUUGUGAGGAUGUAUAUGUGUAUAUUUGUUACUCUUUCACGCGAAAUAUACUGGACUAAUUUGAUGUACUGACUCCAAAAUUACACCUCGUCCGUCCUAUGAAGUUAGAUAUUAGGCUGACGCUAUUUGUCUUUUUUAAUAACAUAUUGUCAAUAUUUUUGAGUGAUCGGAAUAAUAAUGGAAAAUUUUGUGAUAUUCGUAGCGAAAAUUUCACGAUGCGAAGUAAUUACCAUUUUCGAAUAUUUUUAGUCGUGCUAAGUUUAAUUGUUUUAGUUAUAUUUUUCGUUUGUGUUGUGAUAAAUCACAAAUUUCUUGCUUUCAUAUUAAAAACACAAAUUUUCGUUUUUAGGGCAGCUGGAAACUACGUAAAUUUUACGAUAUGAUUGUCUUGUCUUCAUAGGUGUUGUCUCGACUAUCUUUCAGUUUUGUCCGUCUUAAAAACUAAUUUUAUUUACCUUUUAACAAACACACCUAGUGUACGUAUAUUUUUAAGAUUCCCAUUUGAGUCAUAUAAUAUAUAUAAUAUGUUCAUAUAAAUGUGCAGUCGUAAGACGCCUGCAACGAUGUAGACAGAUGAAUUAGAUGCGGAAUGAUCAUCACACGAUGCCUCACCAAUAAGUACCUGUUAGAUUAGUUCAUUCAUAUUGAUGCAUCUUUAUUUUCUGUGAAAUAUUCUAUGGCAGUUAUUUAAAAAAUCCUAAGCUAAAAAUGGACAAUGCAAACUUGAAUGAAAAGUAAAAUCAGUAUAGGAAAUUUAUAUUGCCGUCUAGUGAACGAAAUAUGUAACAUAUCGUAGAUAUUCGUUUUUUUAAUAAUAUCUAUUUUUCAGUACUUCGUGCUAUAUUUCUUUAUAACAUUUGUUCAGUACUUUGUUAAAUUCCGUUAAAUAUAUUAAUAUUAAUACACGAAAACCAUACUGGUUUUCGUGUAUUAAUAUUAAUAUAUGUUUUUAUUGUUGUAUUUUUCAACUAUGUUCAUUAACAUUCGAAUAUUAUUGUAACUUUUUAUCUUCCAUAUUAGUUUAGUAUAUAAAAUGUUUUAACUGAGUAAUUAAUAAACCGAGGGCGAAUUCGUAAACUGUCUUUUGAUCUUUAUACUACGUUAGGAUCAUAAUAUCGAGCACUUGUCGCGAAAAAGUUCCCCGUAUUUUGGCGGAUUCGCCAUACAUUGGUGGGUUUUUCAUUGCAUUAAAUAAAAGCUCUCACACAAACUAGGCAAUGUUCUUCGGUCGGCGAUAUUGUAGACGCCAUAAUAAAGGAGAAUGCAUAAAAAUGACCUUGCCCCGGUGGCAAUGUUACCUAACAUUUCAGAUUUUGGUUUUUGAGCAUUCAAAACAAACAGCCAACCUAAUAAAAUAUCUAGAUUAUUCUCUCAAGCGAUAACUAAUAUAUAAGUGAAAAGAGCUAAUAAGUUCGGAGCAUUCUGGAAUAUGCCUGUCCGAUAUGGUCACCGAUAUAUGCAAUACAUAAGAAUAGAAUAGAGAGUAUUCAAAGAAAAUUCCUUAAUCAUUUAACUUACAAAUUUAAAGUUGACAAAGGCACAUACCGGGUGAAUUGCAAGGAGUUCAAAUUGUUAACGCUUGAGAAGCGUCGUUUAGUAUUGGACAUGGGCUUGCUGUUUGACCUGCUUCGAGGGCGCCUUGAUUGCCCGGAACUUCUGGAGCAACUCAGAUUUCGGGUUCCAUCUCGCCGCACACGGCACACCCAUCUCUUCGCAGUCCCACCACAUCGUACCAAUUAUGGAAGGAACGCUGUUUUGACUCGUUUAGUUGACGAAUAUAACUCGCAAUUUAAGGAAACCGACCCCUUUAUCGCAGGCAAAAGAAGUUUUUUGAAUGCGAUCAAAGGGACCUUACUAUAAUAUUUAAUAGUUUAUUGUUUAUACUUUUUUAUAUUAUUAUAAAUCACUUUAUUUUAAGUAUAUUAUUUAUUUUAACUUUGUUAAUUAAUAUUCUGCUACAGUUUUAUUUAUUUAUGUACUCUAUUAAUAAUAUAGUAUAGUAGUUUAAUUAUUCAUCAUAUAUAUAUAUAUAUAUAUAUAUAUAUAUAUAUGUAUGUGUGUAUGUGUGUGUGUAUAUGUAUAUAUAUAUAUAUAUAUAUAUAUAUAUAUAUAUAUAUAUAUAUAUAUAUAUAUAUAUGUAUAUGUAUAUAUAUGUAUAUAUAUAUGUAUGUGUAUGUGUAUAUAUAUGUAUGUAUAUUUUACUUUGCAUGUAAUGAUGCUUAUUAGCACUAUUAUAAAGUUAAAAUUGUUUUAAAUUUAAGGAGACCUACAUUAAGGAAAUUGUGAACAACUUUUGUGGCCGGAUUUGUUUUGUAUAGAUAUAAUUAGUAAGUUUAACUUAUAAUGCAAUGUUUUUGUAAGAAUGGCUGUUGUUGUUUGAAUAAAUAAAAUAAAAUAAAAUAAAAAGUUCAAUUUGCACCGAAGCUGGGGUAAAAUUCUAUGAAUAUAUUAUGUGCAUUCUCUUUCAGACGAAAAGUAGAAAAGCAAAAUCUGUUUCACUGCUUGCUAAAUAAAGUGGCAUAUUAUACUUGAUCUAAUAAGACUACAAUGUAUCUCAUAGUGAUAAUGAUUUUAUGUCAGACAGGAUAGUAGUGAAAUAGGCCAUAAAUUCCAUAUGCUGGCCGAAAAAUAUUAAGAACAAUGUAAACAAAUGUAAAUUGUAAAAAUGUAUAGACUACCGAACACUUUGUAAUAUUUUUAUUUAUAUGAUUAUAAAUAAAUUGACUUACUUAGCUGCGAA